UGCAUUUGCUCAGUUCUUAACGUGUAUGACGUGAGAUGACCAAGUGUUUUUUUCGAUUUUGUUUACAUUAAGUAUCAAGCAUUUAUUUAUUUUUUUUGCGCGAAGUAUGUAUGAUAAUGAACACAUGUAUUGCGAAAAACAGAUUUUGUAAAUAUUUAAGUGAUAUUUAAAAACUGAUUGAUAUAAAAGUUAGCAUCUUUUCUCAAUUUACAACUCUGGCAAUAAGUAUUUAAAAUGAAUAUUUGUAUAACAUUAACAAGAUCAUCUAUCAGUUUUAUGGCGGCAGCAGCAAAACGCUAUUCAAAAAUUGGAUUCAUCGGAUUGGGCAACAUGGGCGGUCAUAUGGCGAAAAAUCUGUUGAAGAAAAGCUACAAGCUCACUGUAUAUGACUUGAACAAAUCGGCAGUGACAAAUUUAGUGGAAGCGGGAGCAAGUAGCGCACCAAAUGUGGCUGAAAUGUUAAAUGAAGUUGAAGUUAUCAUCUCGAUGUUGCCUUCAAAUCAGCAUGUCCUCGAUAUUUACACCGGCGAAAACGGUGUACUCAGUGCAGCAAAGAAGAACGUUUUACUAAUUGAUAGCAGCACUGUGGAUCCAUCGGUGUCUCAAUCGGUCGCAUUGCAGGCUCAAAAACAUAAUCUGAGAUUUAUCGACACUCCCGUGUCGGGAGGUGUGAAUGCAGCCAGGGACGGUACUUUGACUUUCAUGGUUGGUGGUUCGAGUACAGAUUUUGAUCAUGCAAAAUCUAUACUCAAGGCCAUGGGAUCCAGAAUCGUUUAUUGCGGCGAUGUCGGCAUGGGUCAAGCCGCUAAGUUAUGUAAUAACAUGCUAUUAGCUAUUAGUAUGAUCGGUACUGCAGAGGCAUUCAACCUUGGACAAAAGCUGGGCUUGGAUGCCAAGGUGCUAGCAAACAUCGUAAAUUCCAGCUCGGGAAGAUGCUGGUCUUCUGAUCUCUACAAUCCAGUCCCAGGAAUCCUACCUAAUGUUCCCAGUUCGAAGAAUUACGAGGGUGGUUUUGGCACAACAUUGAUGGCCAAAGAUUUGGGAUUAGCUCAAUCUGCUGCAAUCAGAACGCAAGCUCCGAUUCCUCUCGGUUCUCUGGCACAUCAGAUUUAUAGAGCGAUCAUUGCUCAUGGAUUCUCGAAUAAAGAUUUUAGCGUAGUUUAUCAAUUCCUUAAAGGUAAAAAUUGAAAAGAUCUGAAAAAAAUAUUAAAGUUACAUUUAUUGAACAAUGCAAACAUAGUUUGUGAAUUAAAUGAAUGAAACCCAUAAAUGAGACAAACCUUAUAUUUG